GACGCAGGCUAGCACGUAUCGCUAGCCAGCUAAACAUCAAAGAAUGAUGGCGUCCACCGCGAUGGACACCACGUAAAUAAAUACCGACACAUAAGGUACUGUCGCUGCAUUCUCGUGUGUCACACGGUGCACUGCAGGAAAGUAGUAAAACAAUAGUAGCGUGACGUUAUGGCGACCGGGAGCAGCGGCGGCGGCUUAACGUCAAACCAUGACGGUCAGGAGGCAGCAUCCAACUCGGUUCAGUCUGGAGCCGCAGCGGUGCUCUCCAACGUGCCAGCCUCCGGUCCUGCCCGGUCCGCCUCCCCGCCUGUCGUCGGCCUCCACCGGGAGCCCAUGUACAACUGGCAGGCGACGAAGAGCUCCCUGAAGGAGCGCUUUGCCUUCCUCUUUAACAACGAGCUGCUGAGCGACGUCCGUUUCAUCGUGGGGAAGGGCAGACAGGCCCAGAGGAUACCGGCCCACAAGUUCGUCCUGGCCGCUGGCAGCGCCGUGUUUGAUGCCAUGUUUAACGGGGGGAUGGCCACAACCUCGGCUGAAAUAGAGCUGCCCGAUGUGGAGCCAGCGGCCUUCCUCGCCCUGCUCAGGUUCCUGUAUUCUGAUGAGGUCCACAUUGGUCCAGAGACUGUGAUGACGACUCUGUAUACAGCCAAGAAGUACGCUGUCCCCGCUCUGGAGAGUCACUGUGUCGAGUUUCUCACCAAACACCUCCGAGCUGACAACGCGUUCAUGCUCCUCACUCAGGCGAGAUUAUUUGAUGAGCCUCAGCUUGCCAGUCUCUGCUUGGACACAAUAGACAAAAGCACUGCGGACGCAAUAAACGCAGAGGGCUUUACAGAUAUUGACCUCGACACCUUAUGUGCAGUGCUACAAAGAGACACACUCAGCAUCAGGGAGAACCGCUUGUUUGGGGCAGUGGUACGCUGGGCAGAGGCCGAGUGUUACAGACAACAGCUUCCCCCGACCUCGGAGAACAAACAGAAAGUUCUUGGGAAAGCCCUCCCGCUCAUCCGCUUCCCACUCAUGACUGUUGAGGAGUUUGCUGCAGGGCCUGCCCAGUCUGGAAUAUUGUUCGAUCGGGAGGUGGUAAAUCUGUUUUUACACUUUACAGUAAACCCCAAACCACGGGUCGACUACAUCGACAGGCCCCGCUGCUGCCUCAGGGGGGAGGAGUGCAGCAUUAAUAGAUUCCAGCAGGUUGAGAGUCGAUGGGGGUACAGUGGUACCAGCGACAGAAUCAGAUUCAAUGUUAACAGAAGAAUAUCUAUAGUGGGUUUUGGCUUGUAUGGUUCAAUACAUGGACCCACUGACUAUCAGGUCAACAUACAGAUCUUGGAAAGUGACAAACGCAUUACACUGGGGCAGAACGACACAGGUUUCAACUGUGACGGCACCGCAAACACAUUCAGAGUGAUGUUCAAAGAGCCUGUGGAAAUCCUACCCAAUGUCAGCUACACUGCAUGUGCCACCUUAAAGGGCCCAGAUUCCCAUUAUGGCACCAAAGGGUUGAAGAAAGUGACAAAGGAAUCAGCAACAGGGACCAAGACAACGUUUUUCUUUUUUAGCUCACCAGGAAAUAACAACGGUACAUCUGUGGAGGACGGGCAGAUACCAGAGAUCAUCUACUACACUUAGACUUAACACAGUGUCAAGCAGGUACACUGAACCAGAGAGACCUCAGACUGCUGCAAGACU